CCCUACUAUUUAUUUAAUUUACAUGUGGGCCUUUUGGUGCCGGUGACAGACAAUAAUACAAUACUAGAUACCAGAAUGACUGCGAGUAGUAUUCACAUCAAUAUUUAUUACUAUCAGCCAUACUACGGCCGACUGCACGAAACCAGGGAAUUCGGAGGGUGGUGUCCUCACAAUAAAUCUGAUAGAUCAGAAUAUCUUCAAGUUGAUAUGGGCGAAGUGCGUUCAGUUUUCUCUUGUUUUUAUUUUUUUGUUUUGUUUUGUGUUGUGCUUUCGCAAAUCAUAAUGAUGACAUAAUAUAUGCACGCUGCAAACAAUAGCUUAAAUAUUACCAACAUUAGUUUUCCGGAAAAAGACUCAGUAACUGAUUCUUGAAGCUGGAUGAAGGAAAAAAUCGUUUCACCUGGUCAGUCUACUUCUGGCUAUUGGGGGAUGAGUAAUAAACAGUCCAUAAAAAGAAUAAACUAAGGUUAAAGAAGUGACGGAAAAAUGAACUCCGUUUGGAAAGGCCGGGCCGCAAUGCAAUAGAAAAUAAGGUUAAGUGAAAGACGUGAGCUAUUAAGUCCUGUUCAAAUGUCCCACGCACCUCCCCUCCUCCUCCUCCCGCACCUCCUUUCUUAACUGUAUAAAAAAUUGGUACACCAUACAAAGUUGUUCAAUUUGUUUGUUUCGUUUUUUUCGGUUUGCUUUUUUCCAGGUGUUCACAGGAAACUCAGAUCAGACUAGCAUCGUGAAGUAUUCACUUACAAAUCACUUUAAAGCCACAUGCGUUUGGUUUUAUCCCGUAACAUACAUUCAUUGGUCAUGUUUGAGGGUUGAAAUAUUUGAGCUGAAGUAA